UACCAUUACCAUUAAUCCCAUUACAAUUUUUGGUUAUGUUUUGGUUAUACCAUGUGUUGAUUUUUAAAUGUAAGUAAAUGGGCAAAUGAUUUAUAAUUUUCAUAAACAAGUUCAUAAUUGUGUAAAAAAUCUUUCAUAUUUGCUUAGUCAUCAGUUUUAUUCCACACAAUUAAAAUCUGCUAUGGAAAAUAUUCUAAAACCACCAAAUAUUCGAGGCAUGCAGGUAUUGAAUAAAGACCUAAUAAAAAAAGAUAUAGAAGUCCCUUAUUUAUCAUUGAAGAAGGAAAACUUGAAUAAAGUCUUGCCAAUACUAACGAAACACUUACUUAAAAUUAAAAAGUUUAAACCAGUUGAACACAUUGAGGAGAAUAAAGUGGAUGUAUGUUUGUCCCCUGAAUUUAUUAAAGAUUGGACAGGUUUACCAGAUGAAGUAAAGUCUGUAUUGGAAGAAGUACAUAUUAAUAAAAAUGAUCUUAAAACAAAACAUAUAGAGUUGACUUAUGAUAAUUUUUCUGCAGAAGAUUUACUUAAAGCUGUCCUCCCAACUGAAAAAGAUGGUUUAUCAAGUUUUUCCCAGAUGGGCCACAUAGUUCACAUAAACCUCAGAGAACAUCUUGUCCCAUUCAAAAGUAUAAUUGCUGACAUUCUUUAUGACAAAAUUCCUGGAUGUAAGUCAGUAGUAAACAAAAUAAAUGUAAUAGAUAAUACAUACAGGAAUUUUAGUAUGGAAGUGUUAAAAGGAGACAACAAUAUGAUUACUACAGUCAAAGAAAAUGCAUGCAGCUUCAAAUUUGAUUUUUCCAAAGUCUAUUGGAAUUCUCGACUAUGUACUGAACAUGAAAGGGUUGUUAAAAAGAUUAAAAGUAGUGAUGUACUUUUUGAUGUCUUUGCUGGCAUAGGUCCUUUUUCAAUACCUGCAGCUAAAAAGAAAUGCUAUGUUUAUGCCAAUGAUUUGAAUCCUGAAUCUUUUAAAUGGCUGGAAUACAAUUCCAAAGCAAAUAAGGUUCCUGUAGAUUAUUUUAAAUCUUUUAAUAAAGACGGAGCAGAUUUUAUAAAGACUGACUUUAAGCAAUUUUUAACAGCUCACUUAAAGAAUGAACAGAAUGUUUUUAUUACUAUGAACCUACCAGCGAUGGCUGUGGAAUUUCUCAAAUAUUUUGAAGGGCUGUUUAGUAAUGGGGAAUUACCAGACUUUAAAAAUAUACCUAUAAUAUUUGUUUAUUGUUUUGUUAAAGGAGAAAAUUAUAUCGAGCUUGGUAGAAAGCUUGUUUUAGAUCAUUUUAAUUGUAGUAAUAGUGAUAUUGUUGAUAUAUUCAGAGUUAGAACCGUUAGUAAUUUUAAAGAAAUGAUGAGGGUCACUAUAAAGUUACAAAAAAAUAUUUUGACAGGAAACCAAGGGAAGAGAAAGUUGGAGGAAGACUUUAAUCAAGAUACAAAAAGAAGUUGUGUAACAGGUAUAUAUGCAUCAACUUCUAAUACAAUAGAUUCCUUCAUAGCAAAUCUCUGAAGAUUUUAAAUGAUUUUUCUUUCUUUAUUGCAAAAGGUAUUGAUAGAUAGUGUACCACUUUCCUUAUGAAGAAAAACAGUUCCAUUGCUUUUCAAUUGUUAAACAGUUUUACUCUUUUUUUUAUAAACAAUGAUGUAGAUAUCUAAAUAUUUGGAAACUCAAAUUCUUAAGCUUUUCUCUAAUCUGUUGUAUGUUAACUUUAAAACCCAAGUCAUUUUCAUUGUUAACUUAAGUUUUACUUAUGAAUAACAACCUUAGAAACAAUUACUGUUUUAUAUAUUAACAUCAUUCUACUCAUAGACAUGUCCCAUUCAUUUUUUAAAGGCUUUUCUCAACAACCUUUUCCCUUAACAAAACUGUAGACAACAAACAGAGCUUUUAAUAUAGUAAUCUUUUUUAUUACAAAUACUUUUCAGAGCAAGAUGGGAAAGAACAAGAAGAAAGUAGGUAAUGUUUUUAAGGUAGCAGGUGCUAAAAGUUUGAAGCUCAAAGCCAAGGCCAAAGCUGUCAGUAGUGAUUUAAAGCAGGUAAAUACAGAGUGUUUUCUUGUUAGUUUCUUGAUUUAAUUUUUGUUUACACUUUAUUAACAUAUUUUUUCUUAUUACUUUCCUUAAAUACUGAAGAAAAGUGCAUCUUUAUUAUUAACAAUUCAUUUUCUAUACUCCUUAUUGUUAAAUAAAUAUCCUUUAAGCUUUAUUACAUGUGAAAACGCCACAUCUUCACUGUUUGUUACUAUUAAUCUUGAUAGGCGUAUUUCUCUUGUUUAUUUCGAAAAAGGCCACUUAUCUGAAGAUGUGGUCUUUUUCGAAACAAACUGCGCUGAACAUGUGAUUUAGUGGUUACAGUCGCGGAUCUUUCUAGUUUGUUAGACCAGUUGACGAUUAUCUUUAGUACCAUUAGGUUCCAUUGUAUAUUGUUAUAUGGCCCUGUAUAAAAACGAAGUUAUUAAGAAGGCUAAAGUUAAGGGCCAAGCCCAUAUUAAUCAUGUGGGAAAACAAGUUAUGGCGUGAAAAACUGGAAUCGACUGUACUUGUUGCAAAAAGUUUUUUUUGUAUUGGAUUUGUCAAUGAAACUUCCUCAUGCAUCACAUUUUGAGACUACUCCGAAAAUAGAAAGAUAUCUUCAUCAAUACCAAAAUAAGACGUUUAUUUCGUUUCCUGUAAAAUUAUUAUUUCUAGAGUUGUGCCCUUUUCGAAAUAACUGACUUGUUACAACUUUUCACUUUUUUGUAUAGCUUAAUUUUUUUUGUUUCUUUUUAAUUCCUUAUUGUUUUUUUUUUGUUGUUUUGUAAUCUUCUCUUAUAUUUAAUUUAAAAAUCUCUAUAAUUCAGUUUGCUGUUGAUUUUACAUUAGUUGAUUCUCUUGUGCUAAUUUUAAUAUUUUCUUUUCUUAUGUUCCACUUGGUUAAAUAAAAUACAAUACUUAUUGUAUAUUUUUUAGAUAAAUGUCAAGAAUAAAAGCAAAAUAGCUGAACUAGACAGUGCUUUAAAGAGCCUCGAGAGUAAAAUGCGUGUUCCAGAAGUGCCAGCACCGAAGGAACUAGUUAGUACUAAGAAAAAGCUUCCUAGCACCAACUCUUUAGAAACAGAUAAGAAAGCUGAGGAAACUCUAAAAGAUUUAGAUAAUUUUCAGUUUUGAAUGUAUAUAAUUGUAAAUAAAGAAUAGUUUGAU